UCUCUCUCUUUCUCUCCACGCCUCUCUAUAUAAUAUAAGCUUCAAUCGCGAAAAUCACUGAAAACGCUCCUUCUUCUGCGCCUGAGCGCCUGAGCACCUGAGCAAAAAAAUAAAUCAGGGUUUUCUUUUUUGCGAUUGGUUCCGAUCGAUGGCGAAAAGACUAUUCGCGGUGCUCGAGUGCCAAUCAUUACUAGAGAAUCUAUCUCCCUUCGUCGAUACCAAACGCCCACGAAACUCCCCCGACGCCGACGCCGAGAGUCCACCAACAUGUCUAUCUCCCAACUCGGUGAUCGGAUUCCCGGAGCUGUCCGAAGAGCCGAGGAGCGGUUCGGAUCGGAGCGUUCUGUGCAGGCUGUGCGUUCGGUUACCUGACGGGAGGAAAGUGCAGAGGAACUUCCUCAGAUCGGAGUCUGUCCAGCUUCUCUGGUCGUUUUGCUAUUCGUUGAUUGGUGAAUCGGAGAGGAGGGAGAGGUGUUUCAAGCUGAUCCAAGCGGUUCCUGGGGAUUACAGGAGUCUUUAUUACGGAUCCGAGACGAGUUUUGAUGAGUCUGGGCUUGAUAACUCGUUGAUCUCUGUGGUUUGGGUGUGAAUAAAUUAUCUGUUUGUUAGUUUUCUCUUUGGUUUGAACAGUUUAUAUGGUCAGAUCAUAACUUUGUUUACUAAGUUAAUUUUAUUAUCCAAAGUCUUCUGCUUUAAGAAGAUAUAUAUGAGUCUUGUCUCUGUUUCUAUGUUGUUUUGUCGUUCUACUCAAGUCUUUGGCUUAUGCUUC